CAGAUCGGUGGUCGGCGGCGGGGAUCUGCCGGCGGUGUUGCGGUGCCGGCGGUGCGGCGGCGGAGAUGUGCGCGGCGGGGAGGCGCUGGGGCCGGCGGCAGCGAGUGCUGCUGUGGGGCGUCCUGCUGGCGGCCUGGGAGGCGGCGUGGGGGCAGCUGCGCUACUCGGUGCCCGAGGAGAUGCCCAAGGGCUCGUUCGUGGGUGACGUGGCCAAAGACCUGGGGCUGCAGAUGCCGGCGCUCCGCCACCGCGACGCCCACGUUUUUGACACAGGUAGGACACGGUACUUUUUUCUAGACUUGCAGAACGGCCACUUAUCUAUGAUGAAGCAGGUGGACAGAGAGGAGAUGUGCGCAGCUGUUCCUAAAUGCAUCCUAAAUUUUGAAAUUCUUGUAAAGCAGCCAAUGAACAUUUACAAAGGGGAGGUAGAAAUACUGGAUAUUAAUGAUAACGCUCCCAGUUUCCCAGAAAGAAGCAGUGUCUUAGAAAUCAUCGAGUAUACUGCACCAGGUGCACGUUUCCCAUUGGAGAAAGCUCACGAUCCUGACAUAGGAGUGAACUCUUUACAGAAUUAUGAAUGUAGUGAGAGCAACUAUUUCACCUUGGAUGUGAAAAAAGGAGAUGACGAUGUGAAAUAUCCAGAAUUAAUAUUGGUGAAAUCUUUGGAUCGGGAACAGCAGGCUGUUCAUAAUUUGAUCCUAACAGCCACAGAUGGCGGGACUCCGGUAAAAUCGGGAUCGACAACAAUACAAAUAGUUGUGUUAGAUGGAAAUGACAAUGCUCCAGAAUUUACUCAGUCUGUGUAUAAGGUGACCGUGAGAGAAGACGUGGCCGUGGGAAGUCGGGUGUUACAGGUGACAGCGACUGACAGAGACGAGGGGCCAAACGCUGAGGUGAAAUACUCGUUCUUUAAAAUCCCGGAGAAGUUUGACAAAACUUUCAAGCUGGAUCCUGAAAGUGGGGAAAUUGAAAUAACAGAGAAGUUGAAUUUCGAAGAAGACGAGUUUUACGAAUUGGUUGUGCAAGCUCGGGAUGCGGGAGGACUCUCUUCCCACAGCAAGGUACACAUCAAGGUCACUGAUGUGAACAACUACGUUCCUGAGAUUGUCAUUAUGUCCGUGUUCAGUCCGGUUCCAGAAGAUUCACCGCUGGGAACUGUAAUCGCCAUUUUCAGUGUCCAAGACAGGGACUCUGGGGCCAACGGCGAGGUGCAGUGCAGCAUCACAGAAAGCCUCCCGUUCCGCCUGGAGAAGUCAUUCGAUAACUACUACCGUGUGGUGACUGCAGAGCUGCUGGACCGGGAGCAGGAGUCGGAGUACAACGUGACGGUGACUGCGGCCGACGGCGGGCGGCCGGCGCUGCAGAGCAGCAGGGUGCUUUCGCUGCGGGUGCUGGACGUGAACGACAACGCGCCGGUGUUCGCGCAGGAGCGCUACAGCGCUCGGCUGCCGGAGAACAACGUGGCGGGCGCGUUGGUGCUGCGGGUGCGGGCUCGGGACGCGGACUGGGGGGAGAACGCGCGCGUGCGGUACCGUCUGGGGGAGGGUGGUGUGCGGGGCUUGCCGCUGUCGUCGUACGUGUCGGUGCAGGCGGAGACGGGCGCGCUGUACGCGCUGCGCUCGUUCGACUACGAGGAGGUGCGCGAGGUGGGGCUGUGGGUUUGGGCGGAGGACGGCGGCUCGCCGGCGCUGAGCAGCAACGUGUCGGUGCGGCUGCUGAUCGUGGACGAGAACGACAACGCGCCGCAGGUGCUGUACCCGCCGCCGGCGGCGUCGGGGUCGGGCUCGGGCUGGUCGGGCGUGGAGCUGGCGGCGCGGUCGAGCGAGGCCGGCGCGCUGGUGGCCAAGGUGGUGGCGGUGGACGCGGACGCGGGUCAGAACGCGUGGCUGUCGUACGAGCUGGCGAAGGCGACGGAGCCGGGGCUGUUCCGCGUGGGGCUGCACAGCGGCGAGGUGCGCACGACGCGCUCGCCGCUGGCCCGCGACGCGUCGCGCCAGAGCCUGGUGGUGCUGGUGAAGGACCACGGGCGGCCGGCGCUGUCGGCCACGGCCACGCUGAGCGUGGUGCUGGCCGAGAGCGUGGCCGAGCUGCUGGCCGAGCUGGGCAGCGCGGCGCAGGCGGAGGCGGCGGCGGGGGCGGGCGAGGCGGGCGGCAGCCUGACGCGCUGGCUGGUGCUGGCCGUGGCCGCCGUGUCGUGCCUGUUCCUCGGCUUCCUGCUGCUGCUGCUGGCGCUGCGCCUGCGGCGCUGGCGGCGCUCGCAGCAGCAGCUGCUGGCGGCGGGCAGCGGCGCCUUGCGCGGCGUGCCGGCCACGCACUUCGUGGGCAUCGACGGCGUGCGCGCCUUCCUGCACUCCUACUCGCACGACGUGUCUCUCACGGCCGACUCGCGCAAGAGCCACCUCCGCUUCUCGGCCGCCAGCUGCUGCGACACCCUCCCGGUCCGACCAACACCUUCUGAUCAUCCGGCUUUAGAUGAUUUUGUCACUUCAGAUCAAGUUGCCGAAAGCGGUGGUCAAGUAUCCUCUCAGCAACAGUAA